AUGGACGCCGCAGCCCCAAAGAGACCAGCCCAGGUGGCUUUCCGCAUUCAUCCCCUCUACCGCAUCUUCUUCCUCGUCCUUGAGCCCAUCUCUGCUCUCGUUGGCGCCUUCUUCACUCACUUCCGCCAAGGAACUUACCUCACUCUUCUCAAUGCGGCUUCUGCACCUAACGCAGCUCAAGCGGUGCCAAAGGCUACAUCGGUUGCCAUGUCGCAGCUUGCCAAUAUGUACUUCUUCUUCGCGCUCAAUGAGGCGCUCGUGCUGCGGUCUACGCCAGACCUGAGAGUCUGGAGGGUUGUGCUGUUUGUACUUCUUGUGGCGGACGUGGGACACUUGUUCUCCAUGAGCGAGCUGGGCACGAGGAUUUACUGGGAUGUCAAGUCAUGGAAUGCGAGCGACUGGGGAAAUGUCCCUUGGGUUUAUGCUGGUAUGACUCUGAGGGUUUGCUUCUUGAUGGGUUUCGGAUUGGGAGAAUCGAGGGUUUUGAAGAGGAAAGUUUAG